AUGAUUAGGCUCGUUCUGAAUAAGAGAUCCAUCAGUCGAGAUUUUGGAUUGGCUCAGAGAAAGCUAGCCCGCGACGCGGCUUACUCACCCGCAGAGACGGAGUCCUCUGUCGACUACGUUGCCUCGGACGAAACAGGACAGUUUCAUUAUUUUGGAUACACCUCUAAUCUCCAGGUCGUCGCUCGUUUCCCGCCCCCUCCUUCUCCAUGUUCAGAAUUGCCCGUUCCUAGAGACAGCAGUCUAGAAACUCUGGCGGACUCGGAGAGCAUUAAGUCACAACUCUUAGAUUUAUAUUUUACGUAUCAGAACCCCGCAACGCUCAUUAUUGAGCACGAAACAUUCAUGAAGCACUACCAACAAGGCCGGAGAUCAUCUUAUUAUUCUACAUUUCUUCUCAACUGCAUUCUUCUCCGAGGUAUUCGACUGAGCGAUGACCCACGGGUAAAGAGCCUCGAUAAUAUUUAUCUACAAAGGGCCAAGGUGGAACUCCUUGGGGAGCUGGAGAACCCAAAUAUUGCUACUAUCCAGGCCUUGUGCCUUUUUGGUCACUACCAGGGGAGCUGGGGGAACGAUCGUGCUUGUUGGUUGUAUCCAGGCAUCGCUUAUCGUCUCCUAUUUGAUCUGGGGUUGCACCAGGAUUGCCAGGAUCUCAUCCGUGCUGGCUUCCUCACAUCCAGCGAAAGAAAGGCUCGCCAUGCCACACUUUGGGGUUGUUACGUGUCUGAUAAGUUGUAUUGUAUAUACCAAGGCAGGCCGUCUGCUGUAAAACUUCAAGAUAUCGCGAUCCCACGACCGUCUCUAGAGACUGUCGGCCCGCAGUGGGAAACCCUCGACGCUUGGGUCGAUCUGGCGAGUGUUUUAGACGAGAUAAUCACCACAUUUAACAAAUUUCCCCACAAAAAGGCAGAUUCAAACUGGUUAACCGCCACGAGCAACCGUCUCUUUGAAUGGUUGGAACAUCUCCCAACACACCUACAAUGGAAUGCACAGGCCAUCCCAGGGAUAUGCGCACUCCAUAUGCAAUUUUUAUCCGUGAUUAUUGUUCUACAUCGCCCAUUUGCCGUGUACAAACCCAGAGACGACCAGUCGAGGAGUACAGAUCAUUCUCCAUCUACCCUUGCACGUCGGCUGUGUACUGAAAAUGCGAUCCGCAUUUCCAAGCUUCUACUGGCAUUCAAGAACAAUUACGGGACGAAAAAGAUCUUCUCGACCGUAUGCCAUAUGGUGCUUACAGCAGCACUGAGUUUAAUUUCGGAGAUUUCCACAGAAAAGGGCGAUAAUAAAAGAGACGAGGAGCGAAAAUGGCUGCGGGUCUGUUUUAGCAUCCUAGAGGAAUUAUCUAGCACAUUUACAGUUAUUGGGCGGAACUUGAAAAUUCUGACGGAGAUUGUUGAGUCGUGCGGAUAUGAGGAACUCGCAAUCAAUCAGGCUAAAGGUGCAGAUGGAAAGGAAACCCUACAGGAAAAAGAAUUAUUUGGGGAGAAUGAAAUCGCGACAGAAUUCCAGACGGAUAGUGACAUACACAGGGCCAAUGACCUCCUUAGCUCUUUUGGGGGGAGCCUUCCAUUCAGCCUCGAUUUGGCAGAUGGAAUGAUGUAUUUGGACCCAGUGCCAGAUGGGUUUGCCAUGGACUUUUCACCUCCUGUGGGUGUUGGGGGCUAUAAUGGGAUGGAUUUAUUUGGGUUUCCCAGUGCCGAGAAUUUAUAA